AUACCAGAAACCUGCACUGCAAUUUAUAAUGCUCUACGUGAGGAAUACCUGCACUUGCCUGAGAAUGAAAGCGACUGGAUGAAUAUUGCUACAGAUUUUAAAAAAUACUGGCAAGUAGAAAACUGCGUGGGGGCUCUUGAUGGAAAGCAUAUUGCCAUCCUUCAACCUCCUGGAAGUGGUUCGUAUUUCUUCAAUUACAAAGGUUUCUUCAGCGUUGUAUUAUUGGCUGUGGUAAACGCAAACUAUGAAUUUAUGUACGUAAAUUGUGGAGUGAAUGGACGGGUGUCUGACGGGGGAGUUCUCUUUGAAACCGAUUUUGGGCAACAGUUGGAAAACGGCCAGUUGAAUUUGCCAUCACCAACGACCUUUCCAAACAACAGAGAUGUAUGUUUACCUUUUGUUUUUUUGGGAGAUGAAGCUUUCCCCUUAAAAGAAAACCUAAUGAAGCCAUACCCUAAUAAGGGAAUCACCCACGAUGAAAGGAUUUUCAACUAUCGUAUUUGCCGUGGAAGAAGAGUUGUUGAAAAUGCCUUCGGCAUUUUAGCAAAUAGGUUCCAAGUAUUGCAAACAACAAUCAGGACGAGCUUGGAAACCACUGAAGUUAUUAUUUUAGCUUGCUGCGCACUCCACAAUUAUUUACGAAGGAAAAGCUCAACUUAUUUGACGCCUAGUUCGGUAGACUGGGAAAACACGGAAACUGCAGUUCUCACUGAAGGCGAAUGGAGGAAGAAUGUUCGCCAACUUUUAGGCAUGAAGCAACGCAAUCGGUCCGGGAAAGAAACAUCACUGGCUGAACCAAUCCGAAAAUACUACAGGGACUUCUACAACAACGAGGGACAAGUAGAGUUUCAAGAGCGCAUGAUAAAUCGCCGCUAAUGUUAUACAUUCUAAAAUAAACAACAGAUGGGCGUAAUGUAUAUGUUGUAGCCAAGGGUAACCCAAUGCAUUACCUCUUUAAUGGUCCACUGUAAAUAAUUGAAAUGGAAAAUAAUGACGAUGUGCUUUGCUUUUAAUAUGUGUUUAACUAUAAAUAUAUGCACAUUUUACUACAGUUGGUUGUACUUUCUUGGUAAGUAUAUGUUUCAGUUUUUGUUUGUAAAAUUAUUUGAGUCAAAUCUGACAUUGUCAAUAAAAUAAUAAAGUAGUUCAAAUGUUA